CGAGACCCCAGGAUUACAAGGCCAGUGUUCUAACCGCUAGACCACCGUACCAUACAUUUAACUCUUACUGUGUUUUAUUGUCGUGGAUUUGAAUUUCUUAAAUGAGGUGUUAGGAGCACGCGAUUUGUAAAUUUAUAAAUUAAAGUUGUUUAAGAUACUCAUAAUUUUUUUUAAGCUCAACGGCUAAGAAACAUAUCAACAAAUAUAAUAUGCUAUACACUGGGUUUAUUAAGACGUUUUUAAUGUUCAUGGAAACAAAUUCAAAGCACUCUGUUUUAAACCAUGUUGUCAUCUCAACAGUCAGUAUCCGAUAAACAAAUGAAUCUGCAGAAAAAGUUAAUGCAUGUCCGUGCAUUUUAGAGAUAACAGUGAUAAAAAUUUCUUAAACUGGACCAAAAUUCACUCUAGUUUCUUAUGAGAAUAACUGUUAACGAAUAAAUCAAACGUAAAGAUAUACUUACGUUUUAACGUCUGUUAUGUAGUGCAACGCUUGUGUGAGAAAUACUGAUAAUAACGCUUACAUGUUAUAUUUGUAAUAUUGUACAUUACUUGCGUCAGCAUUCAGAAUGCAAAGACCCGCUACGGAAUAAAUCUUUCCAGUCGUACAAUAAAUAAAAAACUACCACCGAUUUUAGAAAAUGAACGUCUGAAUUCUUUGGCACGCCAGAUGGCGGAGAGUAUGGGGUAAGAAAAACGACAGAAUGGAGAGGAGUGAAUUUGCGACAGUUGAAGGGCGACCCUAGUUAUCGUUAGACUCGCUCGCAGAACGCUGCUCAUCUGUCUUCAGUGCUAAAGCAUCAGUCAGCCAAUAUGGGACAGCAGAAAGUAGCUCAUAUUUCUAUUCCAUUAUUGCUUUUACUCGUAAUGAUUCACAGCUCAGAUAGUGUCAGCUUACAGACAGAUUUGUCUCAGUCAGUGGAAAUGUUUGGUGAAAGUGAAGGAGGUUCAGGAGAAAUGACAAGCAGCGAUGAAGUAACAAACAAUCAAACAGAAACAAAUGAAACUGAAGACUCGCUUUCAAGUUCAAACGAAUCGAGUGAUCAACAAAAACAAUUUUUUAGCAAUAAAACUCUUUCAUCAACUGAGCAGUUAAGAACUUUACAAAGUGUUAGUGAAUUACAGCUAUUUUCAGAAGACAACAUUGAAGCCAGUCCAAAAGCAAAUUCAUCACCAAUAAACGGUACUGACGACGAAAGUGAAUUUAUUCAGCAGCACAGCGAUCAAAAUUCUAGCUCUAUGUUGGAAUUUGAUCAUCCUCUGGACAUAAAUCACACUGUAGAUGACAGUGCUAGUUUCAGUAACAUUUAUCCAUCAACGCCAAGUCACGUAGCUCCACAACGAUACACAACUGAUGUGUCUGUUAAUGCUGAUAAUGUUAGUGUAACAAAAGAGGUUAAAGACAACAUAUAUUCGCGCAGUGACAAUGAUAAUAUUAGGGAACACAGUUCAGAACAACCUCUUGAUGAACAUAGUUUUAAUCAGCUUCUUAACGAUGGAUUUCAAAAUAAUUCUGAUGUAAACGAGAUUCAAGAUGUUAAUUUGGAGAAUUACAACAAAAGCGAAAUCCAAAGUAAAGCAAUGAAUGAGCCUAUCGAAGUUCCCGAAGACCAAUCAGAUUCACCUGCUUCCCAAUAUCACAAUAAUUCAUUUGAUAGUGAAGAACCUUUUGACAAAGUGUUCAAUAUCUCAGUUAACGAUACAGUUGACAGUGAACAAAAUCAAUAUUUCAAUUAUCAGGCAGACAGUGAAGAACGUGCAGAAAAAUCUCUUGUGUCUAAUAUACAAGUCUCCGGUUCAGAUACCGAACAUAUCACACCAGAUAAUAAUACGAACAGUAACGAUAUUUUCGAAUUGCAUAAUGCUUUUGAGGUGUAUCAUUAUCCACGUAAACCCGAGACAAAUGUUAUUGAUGGGGUUAACCAGAACAAAACUUUAGCUCAACACAUUGAAGAACUUGUUUUAAAUCGACUUCCUUCCUUGGAUAAACAUAAAGUUAAUACUAUUGACAGUCAGCAUCGCAGUGGUGACGAAACAGGAUCAGAAAAUCAUGAAGAGAGUGAUAUUACUUUCGGUGUGGAAAUAUCGCCUCAUGAAAUUCGUGAAACUGACGAUGAAGAAACGCACAGUGGGUCUACGUUGGCCUUUGUGUUUGAUUCAACAGGUUCUAUGUGGGAUGAUUUGGUGCAAGUGAAAAUGGGUGCUGAGAGGAUUAUGGCCGCUAUGCUGGAACGCCCGGACAAACCUAUCUACAACUACGUCCUAGUCCCCUUUCAUGACCCAAAAAUUGGGCCCGUCACUGUUACAACAGACCACAACGAGUUUCGAGAGAGCCUGCAGAAUAUAACAGUCCAUGGAGGUGGGGACUGUCCUGAGAUGGCAGUAGGGGCAGUGAAAGAGGCUCUGACCGUCAGCUUGCCCAAUUCUUUUAUUUAUGUUUUUACUGAUGCCAGAGCUAAGGACUACAACCUGUUGACUGACGUGCUAGCUCUUGUUCAAAGGAAACACAGUCAAGUUGUGUUUGUCAUGACCGGAGACUGUGGAGAUAACAAGCAUGUUGGAUACCAAGUUUUUGAGAAAAUUGCAUCUACCAGCUCUGGCCAAGUAUACCACAUAAACAAAACUGAUGUGGAUGAGGUGUUGAAAUUUGUGCGAAUGUCCUUGCAGUCUCGUAAAGUCAACUUGCUGUCUGUCAACAAACCUGGACCUUCAACAGACGAACACGACUUGUUUAUUGAUGAAUCCCUACAAGAGUUUACUGUGUCAGUAUCAGGUUUAAACCCUCAAAUUGGUGUAAUGAAUCCUGAAGGCAAGCCUGUACAAGGUCCCCCAAAGUUAAAUACUGUGCUGUCACUUCAGAAUAUUAAAGCAGUGAAUGUUAUUGAACCUGAACCGGGACAGUGGAAAGUCAAAGUUAUCAGUGAUUCAGAACAUUCAGUAAGGUCAACUGGUCUUAGUGAUGUUGAUUUUAACUUUGGGUUUUCUACUAUUGUCACUAAUAAGAUGGAAGAAACUUACCACAGACCACUUAAAGGUGAGAAAAAUUCAGUGUUAGUUGAAGCCACUCAGUCAGGCAUGGUGUACAACCUGACAGCUUUGAAGUUAAUAGACUUAAAAGGGAUCGAAUUUCAAGAAAUUCCACUGCAUUCAGUUUCUGACAAGCCUGGCCUAUACCAAGGAUCCAUGUUUGUUCCACCUAAUGACUUCUUUCACCUUGGUGUUGAUGGAUAUGACAGAGAUGGCUUCCCUCUGAAGAGAAUAUCACCUACAGCAAUUACUGGACAAAGUCCAGAACCACCAGUGGUGCAUAUGAGACAUGAGAUAACAGGUUGGCUCAAUAAACCUGUGAGGAUAGGAUGCCACAUCGAGUCACUCGUUCCUUUUUCUGCCUUGUGGUUUAAGGAUGGAGUUCCACUUACAAGCACUGAGAAAUAUGGACAAACUACAGAGCUAUCUUGGGUACUGCAGAAUUCCACAGUUAGAGAUGAAGGAAACUAUAGCUGUUAUGCAAAUAAUGUAGCUGGCAGGUCAUUCAGCAGCACAUGGCUAACAAUUACAGGUAAAUAAAACUAUACAGGAAACACAGGAU